ACAUACACGCACACAUGUUCCAAUAGGACGCCCUUGGUCAGAUAACCUCUUUUAUUCACAAGUGCACAUUUCCGCGGAAUCGGUCGAAUCGAAAUACAGCGAAAAGAGAUACAAAGAGACUCUGUCGACUCUAUCGUGGUCGGUCGGGAUCUUUUCACUGUUGCAAUACUCGUAUUCAAAUAAGAUUACAUGUGCGAGAUAUGUGCUCCAACUUGGAUAGAAUUGAUGUAUCGUAUGGAGCAUUAAUUAACUCUACCGUGGGAAGCAUGAGGCAUGGCUGAGCGCAGCGGUGAUCUUUACGAGCAGCAGCUUUAUGCUGUAUUUGAAAGCUGCUUGGCGAAAGGAGAGGACGAGCUCGAUGAGAAGAAUUUCUUAACCAUUUGCACAAAGUUACACCUCGACGAACUAAUCGAGGAAUUGAAAUUGUGCAUUUGCAAGCGUCGUGCGAAUAAAGAAACGAUAUCCUUUCAGGAAUUCCGAGAUGGUUUGUUACUAUUGUUGAGAAAAUUCCAAGGACUAGUAACCGAUAAGCAGCAUUUCAACGUAUGCGCUCUCGAGAAAGACGAAGCCUUACCCGCUACGUUGAUUUCGAGGGAGAUUUAUCUUGGAGAUGCGAUGGAUGAGAACCGACUGACACACCUGUGGGAGAGAAUCAAGAUUUAUUUAAAGGAAAACACGGAUCCCGCAAUGAUGCACUUAAUAUCGAGUUGUCUGGAGAUCCCGCAACUUCCGAAGCAGAUAACCGAGUCGAUCUUUGAGAGCCUCGAUCGCAAUUGCGAUGGAUUAAUUAACUUGGAGGAGUUUGUAAUAAUAUUUCAAGAGAGGAAGAAUCUAGAUAGGCGAGUGUCGAGCAGCGAAUUAAAUCCGACGCGGACUAACCGGACUAACGGAGGUAUCUCGGACAAGUCGGACGGGGGAGAGCUGCUUUCCGAGCCAGCCGCGCUAUCGGGAUCCAGUGUUGAUCUCGACACUUUGGAAAUGAGAAAUAUUCGUUUCUUGCGAGAAAUGAUGAUUGCCCAUCAGGAUGAGCAGCGCAAUUUAACUGCUAUAAUAGACAACAUGAAGGUGGAGAGAGACAAGAUGCGCACCGACAUGCUGGAAGCUAAUGAACGGGCCAAUUUGUUGGUGCAAGAGAUUGACGAGUAUCACGUUCAAUUGGAGAAAACGAAGAAGGAUUUGCAGCGGCAGAGCGAGCAACGUUGUGCCGAGAUGAGCAAGGAAUUGUCGGAUCAGCUAAGUGUCGAGCGGGAGAUGGAUGCCGCCGCUCUAAGAUCCAAGGACGAUCAGUUGCAGGCGCUGCAAAGGGAGAAUCACGAGAUGAGAAAUAAACUCGUGGAUAUCUUGCAGGAGGGUCAAAUGCUCGAGGCGGAAAAUCGAACGCUUCUCAGCCAGAUUGAAAAGCUGCGGCAGUCCAACAACGAUCUGUUGGCACAGAUCAAAGCGUUGGACGCGGAGCACGAUGAGAUACAAAGCAUAGAGGCGAAGCAACAGGAGCAAGUCGACUUCUUUGUCGACCGUAUCAAACGGCUGCAGUGCGAGGUGACUCUCUUGCGAGACCAAAACGACGAGCUUUGCGCGGAAUUGGAAAUGUUGAAACGUCACGGCAGAGAUACGAGUUACGAGACACCGUCGUCCUUGGCGUACGAUUUACACGAGGAUUUACACGAGGAUUUACACGAGGGCCAGGAUGAAAACUCACCGCGUAACGACGUCGCGCAGCAGCUUGAAGCGGCUCGGCAGCUCGACGCAAAUAAUAUAUCGAUGAAUACGGUCGAGUACAAGCUCGAGGAUACAAUUGUCAAAGAUCUCGAAAGUUUAUUGUCUACCAGUGCAAUAUGCCUGGCAGAGAAGUGUGCCUUGAGAGAUGGCAUCUCGAGAUUUAUCACUGGCCUGCGCUCGAGCUUCGUCCAAAUAAGGCAACGGGAUUUCGGCAAGAGUAUAGCGUCUGAACUCGAGAUGGAAUGUGAGGAACGAGCUAACGAGUCCUUGCGAGAUUUUGUCGUCUCGAAAAUACCAAAGCCACCUGCCGCCAAACGUACGGCCCAAGAUUUGGACAAUUUUCCUAGUCAAGAUACAAAAAGUCCAAAUAAGGCGACGAGUCUUCGAGAUUAUCCGCCGCGAAAAGAAGACCAUCCUGUGGAUCAGUGCAAAGUCAACAAGGAGAGAAACAUAGUUGAAUUAUUGGAGACGGAGAAGAAGCAAUUGGCCGAACGUUGUCAAGAACUCGAACGAAGUUUAGAUCUAUUAAAAGCCGAGUAUGAAGAAUGCGAGGAUUAUUGGGCUGCCAAAUUGGAAGAAGAGAGGCAGCUCUUUGAGCAAGAGCAAAAGAUGAGUGACGACAAACUUGCCGAGCUUAUCAACAAGAUAACAGAGUAUGAGGAAUUAAUUAGUCCUUCGGACAAGUCAAAGAGUAACGGACGACUGUCUCCCAUAGAAGAAAAGUUUCACUUGGAGCAGCAGUAUAUAGAGCUCGAGGAAGAAUUUGAAAAGUGGAAAGUAAAGACUGAAAACGAUAUCUCUGAGAGGAAUCUAGAAAUUGGACAUCUCCGUGAAAAGUUGAGACUGAUUCAGCCACCAGUUAGAAAUGAUUCCUACGUACAAGUACCGGAUUUGGAGAUUUCCUCAGAUUCGUCGCAUUGCAAAUCUUCCAGUAUGUCUAGUAUUCUAUCAACCAACGAAAUGCUGGUGAAUAUGGAUUUAUUUGGCACAAACAAUCAAAUGUGUCAUACCUCGGCAGAAUUAUCCAACAAUCUUGGCAGACUGUUGAAAGGAAACGAUGAGGUGGACGGUCAUAAUACACCUACGAGAGUAACGAAAGGUACGAGUGUUAAAAGUACCUUGGGGAUGAAAGAGGAUGAUAAGGAAGGCGAGUCGGAAUUUAAAUUUAUGCACGAUGUAAUAAAAGGUGCGAGCUGUACGUGCUCGCAGAGUAAUGGCCAGCAGCAAGUAGAUCGAAACAUUUUUCAAAACUUGAAAGUGAAACUUUACGCACAGGAACGCAAGAAACGGCACUUGCAGCGUUACAUUAAACAGCAACGGCAGUACGUUGAAAAAUUGUUGCAGCGUAUUAUGGUGCAGCACCAGACGGAAGUGUGCGAAUUACAGUGCCUUCUCCGCGAUGCCCAAGAAAGACUUGAGAUACAAGUUCGAACAACUGUCGAUCAGGCUGAUAAAUUGGCGAGUGCUGAUAUAUUGGUCAAGGAUCUGUACAUCGAAAACGCAUGUCUAACGUCACAAAUGAAACGAUUGCAAGAGCGAUGUCUCGUUUUAACGGGCCUUGAUGUAGGAUCGACUUCGAUGUGAUGUCUACAUAAAGUAGCUGUUAUUAAUAGUCUUUUUCUAUGUAUUGAAUAAUAUAAUUAUUUAUUUUCUAAAUAAUAUAAAAGUGAUAUAUAUCAUAAGGCCGGGAUGUAACUCGAUGUAACUCAGGGAUGCAAACGGUCAGAAAAUGCAGUAAUGUUGUAACACGGGUGCCUUUUUUCAUUUUAAAGUGAGAGAUUUGGCUUUAAUUAAUAUAUAUGUAUCGAGAUGUCAUAGAAUUAAAAAACUACGACUAAGAUUGUAUAUGAUAAAUAGGAGAGAAAUAUAUGUAAGCAAAAUUAAUCUACCAUUUCUUCAAUAGCGUGAUAAUUUUUUUGUAUACAAGUGAAUAAAACAUUAAUGUAAUAUG